AUGGCUUCUCAAGUUGAGCAAGGCUUGAAAGUCGAUAAGGGUUUCAAACCGCAAGCACUUCAUGCAUCAAUCAUUGCAAUGAAGAAUGAGUUCGGAAUUAUAGUCACUGAAGCAAAUGUGAAUAACCACUUGAGAACAAUUCGCAAAAGAUGGGCAAGAAUUAAAAAAUUGAAAGAGUUAAGCGGAAUGGGUUGGGAUAACAGACUGAAGAUGAUAAUUAUGGGAGAAUCAGAGUUCAAGAACUACAUAAAGAUUCAUCCACAAGAUGAGCCCUACUUAAACAAACCAAUUGAGGAUCAUGACUUGCUUGAGAUUGUUUGCGGUAAUGAUCAAGCAACUGGACGACGUGCUGUGCAAUUUGGAGAUGAAAUCGGCACCCAUAUGGAUGAUAGUGUUGAGUACCGCCAUCCAUCUCAGACAGAAAGUCUUGAUGACAUGUUUGAGGACACUAAUUAUCAUGUCAAUAUACCACCGCCCACCCACAACCAAUCAGAGAGUACAGAAAAUAGGGGGGAAUCUUCUGCUCAAUCAAAAAAAGGAAAAGGAAAACGAAAAAUGCCCUCUGAAGUUGAAGCAAUACAGGAGAUGAAUAACACAAUUAAAGAGGCAUUGGUAACAAAGAAGUCUACUCGAAAUUUAGAAUUUGCAAAGGAAUUGAUUGGUGAGUGCAUGAAAUUGAAAGUAUAUGGCUACUCUGGCCGUCAAAUCAAUAAGGCCUAUGAUUGGUUAAUGGCCGAUGAUAGUAGAGCUAUGGCUUUCUUAGCAAAGGAUGAAGAGCUAAGGAAAUAUUGGGCGGAGGAUUUCUUUGAAUCAAUUCACAAUCAAGAAGAAUAUUUUUGA